AAAUUGUUAAACAGCGCGCACAAGAAUUCGUACGACACCAAGAACCUGUUUGAUCAUCGCACGAUUAUGUCAUAUGUCAUACAUUUAAUUCUCAUCCUCAAAAUCCUUGGCACAAAUUCGUUAGAGAAUGCACGUGGGCUCUCGAAAGACAGCACGUUAAUGAAUUUCUAAUGUAGGUCGAUCGAGGUAAAGAUAAGUCAGGAGCAGAGGUACCGCUUGUUUUGAUUGAGAGGCGAAGUUCAUUGACUUUUGAGCGAAUACGGAUUGAUAAGAUUAAGAAUCAUAAUAUGUAUGAUAAAGUGAAAUAUUGGCGAGACUCGCGAUAUAAAAAGCCGAUGCAGUUCCAUGCAGAGCAUUCUGCGAGCAGCGUUCUGUCACCGUACCAAUCAGCUUAGAUGGCCCCCGCCCAGGAAGAACUCCGCGACAACGGAGUUGUGACGGUGGACGAUGUAUGGCAGGGCAGAACCCCCCCUCCGGAGUGGCUGGACGUCGCCUUCGUACAAAGAGUUCUGACCCAGCGAAGCGCUAACUGUGAGACCGAGCCGUUCGUCGAACACAUUGAGGUGCGGUACGCGACGGCGGAGGGCGACAACUACUGCAGCCAGCUGUUCCGCGUGCGCGCGCGGGUGCGCGGGGGCGUGGGUGCGGGUGUGGGCGUUGGCGCGGGCGGGCCGCGCUGCGUGCUGGUCAAGUGCCUGCCGCCCGGCGACGCCUUCCGCCGCCUGGUGGAGGCGCAGGGCUUCUUCCGCACGGAGGCGCAC